AUGUCGGAUCGUAUCAAAUCACUGCUCUUAAGUGAAGAUAAUGAAACUCCUCACCAAGCGCGUUGUUUUCUUGCUCACAAUUUGACUCUAAAUCAAUUUACUAAUUUACACGCACUUUCUUUGCGUCACAUUGGUGUCAACGAAACAAUGGAGAGGAUGAUGAAUGAAAUCCGCCAAAUGAUUUCCCUCGUUCAUUUGAACAUCGACAAGUGUUGUUUUCAAUCGACAUCUCUGAACAUUAUUUGGAACCUUCCUAGACUAACACACUGCGAGUUGAACGGUUUGAAUGAGAUCUGCUGGAGUAAUGGGUCAACAGUGCGAUCGUUAUCUCUUCGACAUUUCUGUGUCCGAGGUUAUUCCAUUCACAGUUUUCCAUUAAAACCCUUUUUCGACCACACGCCUCAUCUUCAAAGUUUCGCCAUGUGUUUUGACCCGUACUUUCAUUCAUAUGAGAAAUUAUCAUUGGAUGUAUCAUCGAUCGAAACGCUGGACUUGUGCUUGGAAUACUCACACCAUGUAAUGCAAGAUCUUUUGAAACAUGUGCCCAAUUUAUCUAAAUUAAUGGUUCAUAUGGAUGGAAGUUAUAUAGGUGGGCAUGGAUGGAAAAACAUAAUUACCGACUAUUUACCUAAACUGAAAGUAUUUCGAUUGUGGAUAACAUUUGAUUAUCGAUCCGAGACCGACGGUGAACAACUAGUUGAUGAACUUCUCGAUACAUUUCGAACUGACUUCUGGGUUAAAGUGCAUAAAUGGUUCUUUCGAUGUUGCUGGACGUCCGAGCGACAAAGAAAUUUCGUUUACUUUCACACUUUAUCCAGAACAUUUUCUCGACGUAUUCUUGACGAUAAAACGAAGUUUAAAUCCACAGAUCCUCGGGACACUACAUACGACCAUCCCCAAUCAGCAUGCGUUGUUCCAUUUCGUUAUUCACAGACAGAAUACCUUAGUACCGAUUUACUUUUCGAAGAGAAAUCCUGGUCGGCAAUACAUCCUCAAUUAGUGUUUCAUCACUCGACAAUGUUGUGA